AUGGUAUCAGGGUAUUGGUUCUUUCGGUCUUACCUUGUGGUACAUAUCAGGAAUGAAGCGCGGAGAUACGACCCCUCGUCCGCGUCGUGGUCCGGAGUGACCCCGGAAGCAGCCUAUCGACCUCAGUGGGUUCCUCCUACAUUACCACCCAUAGCUCCCACUCCUGCUGCCACUUCUUGGACAAGGGACAGAGCUCGGAUUCCAUUACUGGCCCGGUCGGUAAAGGAUCGUUUUACUUUAUUCCAUGGAGUUCCUGAUCCUAGUAUUGCUUGUUCUUGGUUGGGAAAUGUGGAGGAUACUUUCGAGUAUUUGUCGCGUACUGAAGAAGAAAAAGCCGAAUUAGCUGCGUACCACCUUCGAGAUCAGGCUGUUACAUGGUGGAAGAUGCAGAAGACAUUUUUUGGAGACCAGAGUAUCACCUGGACUUUAUUCCGAGAUGCAUUCGAGAGACAGUAUUUCCCAGCUCCUUAUCGUAUGGCGCGUCGACAGGAAUUCUUACAUCUGAAGCAGGGUGAUCGGUCUGUGAUGGAGUAUGAUGCGAAAUUUAACCGAUUGGCUGAGUAUUGCCCUCAUCUAGUUGCCCAGGAGAGCGAUCGGAUGUCUGGCUUCGCUCCUAGUACGUACCGGGAGGCGUUGGAUAGAGCUUUGAUGAUUGAGAUGACACAACAACAAAUUUCACUGGAAAAAGGAAAGGAUAAGCAAAAGGCUCAGGGUACGACUCCAAAUCAGAAACAACGGAACCAAGGUCAGAAGAAACGGAAGAAAUGGCAGGGAUCCCAGUCUACUUCAGGAGAGUCCUAUCAAUCAUCGAAGAUGGGACGAUCAUCCGCUGGUUCUUCUGGACCUCCUCAGAAGGAUUCCUCUGGUGGACUUAGAUGUUUUAGAUGUGGUGUUGAGGGUCACGCUAAACCUGACUGCCCAUUGAGCCAAGAUAUAUGUUACUACUGCAAGCUUCCGGGGCAUGUGAGCCGCGAUUGUACUCUGAAGGCUCAGCUAUAG